AAAACAGUCUUGCUGUCAAAACAUCAGUGAAUGCAUGGAGGAGAGCUGAACGCCGCAUCUGCACGGCUAAAUAUUUUAUCAAACAGCGAUACUGUUUCAAGGGAAUUCAAGAAAUAGAGGAAGUAACAUCUUAUCUCGACACUUUUUAUAUGGUUUCAGCACAACAUCAAACGGUACCUACCAAUCGAACUGGGGGGGUGAAUCAGUGACUCCUAAUGGGAACCCACUGGUCUCAAAACAACGAGACACUCCUCAACGCCUCUGAUAACGCGGGCAGGCCAAGGCAGGGUUACCAAGAUGUGGACGACGACUCGUUGGACGGGCUGGACAGACAGGAGGAUAUCGCCCAGUUCCCAUAUGUGGAAUUCACUGGGCGAGACAGCAUCACGUGCCCAACCUGUCAAGGCACUGGGCGCAUUCCGUCAGAUCAAGUGAAUGAGCUGGUGGCAUUGAUUCCCUACAGUGACCAGAGGCUUAAACCUCACAGAACGAAGCUGUACGUGGUGUUGUCCAUUGUGCUGUGUCUACUGGCCUCUUCCCUGGUGGCCUUCUUCCUCUUCCCCCGCUCCGUACUGGUGGAGGACGAUGGCAUUCGCUCCGUCACCGUGCACUUCGACCACAACAACAGCAAAGUCAUCAUCAACAUGACGAGCUCCCUGAACUUCACCAACCCCAACUUCUUCACGGUGCUGGUGGACAGCAUUGGCUGCCAGGUGCUCUACAUGAAGACUGUCAUCGGCACCCAGCAGCUGGACAAUGUCAUCAAUAUCAAGCCCCUCAGCCAGAGACAGGUAAACUUCACAGUGAGCAUGGAGAUCAGUGGAAGCCUGUCCUAUGUCUAUGCCUUCUGCACCAUGGCCAGCAUCAAGGUUCACAACAUCGUUGUCUUCAUGCAGACCUAUGUGAAAACCUCCUACAUGGUGCGCAGCACCCAGAACACUCUGGAGGCCUACCGCUACAUCGACUGCGGCUCCAACUCCACCGGCCACCAGGCCUCCACCAUCCUGUGGUCUGAUCCCCGCCGCAACCCACGCACCCGUCUACUGAGGUGAAACAACACAGCACGGCACGGCAUGACACGACAGCUGCAAGAUGCUACUGAAGAUAGGUUUGAGGAGUUCACGAAAGUCCUUGAGAACAAACCUUCAGUAAUAAAGGUGCAAGUGUGGGGAAGGAAACUUGAUCCAGGCUGAGGGUUCAGCAAACACUGCAUACAUAUUACUGUUCUUUUUUUGUUAUCUUUGAGAGCACAGAAUGCGUUUCACCAAGUGCGUUUUCAGGUUUGCUCCCAGAAAUAAAGAAAAAAUAGCAGUAAUCAGUAUGCAGUGUUUCCUGAACUUUUGUCCUUGCUACUGAAGAUAGAUGUGAGGAGGUUUGACAUCUUGGGCUUGUUUAACUGGCGGACCUACAAAAGGGAGGGUUUUUUUUCUUGUAGAGGUUUAGAUUCCCUGACUGUCUGAGAAUCUGUCGACCCCCGUGGCCUUUACACAGAAUUGUUUCAGAUGUCUUUUGCAAAUGUUACAGAUGUCCACAUAUAUGUUUUCUACUUGAGUGUACUGUAUAUGACUGUUUUUUUGCACUCCAUGUAUGUGCCCCAUAUUUGUCUUGUAACCAGAGGUGUCAAUUAUGGGUUUAGAGAAAGUAACAAACCUGCCACAAGUUUGAUCCAACUGGGUCUGAAUCUGCCCAUCGUAAGACGGGUAGACCAGUUACUCAGUGAAAUCAACCUGUGUUGGAAGGACAAUGUGACUUGUUUUUUACUUUUUUCACCAGAUGUUGGACACCUCUGCUUGUAACUACUGAACACUUGAACAUUGCUGCUCUUGGGUUUUGGGUUGGCUUGUGUCUUGGUCUGCUUCUCUUGAGGAACCCUAUGUGCACGGCACAGUCCUGAGGGGUAUUCUAAGAAGAUGACUAUAUCUGGCUAAAUUACAUAACCUACAGACAGUGGUAAACCUGCUAAUAGAUAUCUUGACAGUAUAGUUUGGUUGAGAAGAUGACUCAAGGCUCUUCUAUUAGCUGAUUUACAACUACCAUGUUUCACUUAACCUGGCUUACUACUGAACCAGCUUCUUGGAAUACCUCACAGGAGAUGGGUAUGUCAUUUUAAUCUGCAUGACCAAAUUUAUAUGAUGCCUGCUAGGCGCAUUCAAGCUUGUACUAAACUGGUUGGAAUUCAGAAAUGAAACAGAUCACUGCAAUAGCUUUUUUCUAAUUGAGGGUGAUUUCAGUCCAAUCAUUUGUAUGGCUUCUAAAGGUAUAAGUGGACAUUUAAUCUCAUGUGGAAAUAUUCCUCAUGUGGAAAUGUGCUAACUGCUGUUCUCUUUUUCUACUGUGGUGUUGGUGGUGUACCAUUUUACUAACUACAACAUGCCUGCUCAAUAUGGCAAAGGGUAUUUUCACCCAAAGAAGUCAUUUCACCCAUGUUUUCAAACAAAUUAACUUCUUUUUUGGACAAUUUACAUAUCAAAGACUGAUUGGAUUUUGUAAUGUUUUUGGGAAGAUUAUGUCAGUCGGUCUUGCUCAGAGGUGUUUCUGAUCAAAGGCCAACUGGUACAACAUCACCUGACUGUGGAAACUUGAUGACCACUGUGGAAAACACUGAAAAUGGCACAAAGUAUCUGUCAGUGUUACUUGUCUGUCUCCAGUAAAACUGGGUGCAACUGUAAACAAUGCAGUUUUCCAGUGUGUUAUAUAGUAUUUAUUUUCAGAUUUUAUGUGUCAAAAUUAAACAUUUCAAAGUUUUUUUUGUUUUUUUCCAUAUGGGACGGGUAAUGCAAAUUAUGAAGAAAAAAAUGAAAUAUGAAUUCGAUUAAGAAUGGUACUAUGUUUACAGAAAAACAAUAAGCUAAUAGCUUGAAUUGCAGUGUUUUUUAUUGAAAACUUACCAUUAUGUGUUAUAUGAAAAGGGAAAGGCCAAUAAAGUUGUUUAUAAUAUGAAAA